AUGGAGUAUCGUGCUGUCAUUAGAUACCUGUUUUUGAAUGGAAAUACACCCACUCAGAUUAAAGAGGAGAUAUACACAGUGUACGGGGACUCUUCACCAUCAUUUAUUAGUGUGAAAUUUUGGCCAGCUAAAUUUAAACGUGGGCGUUCUAUCUUGGAUGACGAUGAACGUUCAGGACGGCCGAAAACUGCAACCACUAAAGACAACAUCGCUAAAAUACACCAAAUGGUGCUGACGACCAUCGAAUCAAGGUUAGUGAGACAUCACGGGUUAUUAGCAUAUCCAAAAAAACGUGUUUACCACAUAUUGAAACAAGAUUUAGAUAUGCACAAGCUGGCUGCACGUAGAGUGCCGCAUUUACUUACUUUGGACCGAAAACGUGGGAUUUCGAUUAUUAAUCAUGUACCCACUGUGAUGAAAUCUGGAUUCAUCAUUACAGCCCAGAAACACAAAGACAGUCAAAACAGUGGGCUGCGAAGGGAGAAUCGGCUCCAAAAAUGA